CGAUGCUCAAGUUAACCCGCCGAACUGAAAAGUGAAAACUUUAUUCUGUGUUAUUUUUGUGUCUUAAUACUCUUAAUUUUGUAUAUAAUAAACAAUGAAUGAAACUACAGUCAAGAAAUUUGAUGCAGGGUGGAAAAAACACCAACAGGAAAAAUUAACAUUAUGGUUUAAUGAACACCUUCAUAAAAUAAAUGUACAUAUAAAUAAUUUAGAAACUGAUUUAUCAGAUGGUAUCAUCCUUAUCAAAUUACUUGAAGUAUUAACUGCCAAAAAAUUACCAAAAUAUCAUGAGCAACCAACAUUUCGUUCUCAUAAACUUGAGAAUGUCGGUGUUGCAUUGAAAUUUCUUGUUGAUGAAAAUAUAAAUAUUGUGAACAUUGAUUCAUCAGAUAUUGUUGAUGGUAAUUUAAAGCUCAUACUUGGUUUAGUGCACACUAUUAUGUUUCAUUAUUCAAUAUCAAUCCCAGACUGGGAGUUCAGUGUCAAUCCUUGUCCAGUUUAUGAUGUCUUGUCACAUGUUGAUGUAUCGAAAAUCAAGGUUAAUGGGCUAGACUUAAAUCCUGGUUCAUGGAUAACGAGUGAAUUUACUGUUGACGCUCGUGCAACACAAGAAAUGGUAAAAAAUGAUUAUAAAACAUUAAAAUGCUCAAUCUACGAUUCUACUGGUUUAUCCAUCGAAAAUUUUAUAACAUAUCAAAAAAACGGUUUAUUUAAAGUGGAGUAUACACCAUUUGAUCUUGGAAAACAUUCAAUUGAAUUAUUUUAUGAUAAUCUACCGAUACCUGGAUCACCAUUUAUUAUUAAUGUAGUAAAAAUUUGUAUACCUGGAAACUGCAGAGUAUAUGGUCCAGGAUUAAUAAGAGGAAUUGUUAAUAUGAUAAAUUACUUCACGAUCGACUUAACUGAUGCUGGAACUGGUGGACUCAGUGUAACAAUAGAAGGGCCGAUAGACGAUGAAGCAAGUACACAAAUUAAGUAUAAUGAAGACAAUACAGUUGCAGUUGAGUAUGUUGUAAAUACUAUUGGCUUUUACGAUGUAAUUAUUGAAUUUGGCAACCAUCCUAUACGAGGAUCACCAUUUACUGUUGAAAUUAUUGAUGACUGAUUAAAUAUCAGAAUCUUCUAUUGGAGUAAUCAUAGUCAUAAACGGAUAAAAUUGUUAGUUGUAAAUGAUAAUACAAUUAGAUAUA